AUACAACACUUAUCGAUUUUGAUAAAUAGAAACAUCGUUGUAAACAGUAAACAUAUGAGAUGACAGUGCGUAGUUGUUUGCUCAGUUGAAUCUGGCUUUGCGUAAAUUGUAUUUGCCACCUGAGUUGUUUCCCUACGAGAAUGAUGUAAAGGGCAGUCCCAAGCUCGAUGGAUUUAGGGGUGGGCAUGAAAAUCCUUAGCCGACCAGGAGAAUUGAACAUCGAAGAAGAAAACCGAGUCUCGUUGGUGGGCUCUAUGGGCUUCACGCAAAACGCCAUAAAAUUUCAGGAUCCAAUCUAGCUCACAAACGAAUUAUUCUUGAGCCCAUAACAUAAUAUCUUUAGAAAGCCCAAAGCUAUUCUAGCAUCCACUAGAAAACUCCGGAUCAAACAGCCCGAUUAGAACCGACAAGAACUUUCUCCAUUGAUGGAUCUUCACUUUAUCCUUGGAAAAAGAAAUGUAAAGAAGACACCAGAAGUCUCUGGAGCUGUGGAGCACGACGCCUAUCCCUCUGCGUUCGUAUGAAUAAAUAGCAGUAGCCCCCUUCCGAUUACCCAAUCAAAUUCAGCAAAACACUUUGGUAGAGCAAAAUCAGUUCGAGCAAUCCAAUCAAGCAAAAAGCAAAUCUUUCUUACUUCCCCAAUCUUUACGAAAAUCAAAAUGUCGCUGAUUCCAAGCUUCUUCGGGAACCGCCGCGGCAGCAGCAGCAGCGGCGCGUGGGAUCCAUUCUCGGCCCUGGACGCUUUCGAUCCCUUCAGGGACUUGUCGACGAACUUCCCAUUCUCGUCGGCUCUCAUCCCUAGCGGCGGGGAGAAUACGGCCUUCGUGAACACGAGGAUCGACUGGAAGGAGACUCCCGAGGCGCACGUGUUCAAGGCCGACCUGCCGGGGCUGAAGAAGGAGGAGGUGAAGGUGGAAGUGGAGGACGACAGGGUGCUGCAGAUCAGCGGUGAGAGGCGCGUGGAGAAGGAGGACAAAGACGACACGUGGCACCGCGUGGAGAGGAGCAGCGGCAAAUUCGUGAGGAGGUUCAGGCUGCCGGAGAACGCGAAGAUGGAUGAGAUCAAGGCCGGGAUGGAGAACGGCGUGCUGACCGUGACUGUGCCCAAAGCCGAGGUCAAGAAGCCUGACGUCAAGGCCAUCGAGAUCUCUGGUUAAUCAUCUCCGUCCUUGACCUUGUGGCCUAGAUGUCAAUCAAUAAUGUGUGCAGCUGAUUUACAUUAUGAUUCAAGUGUGCGUCUCUCUUUGCUGGUAAUGUAUGCAGCUACUAGCUACUGUUGUGCUGUAUCAGAGUGGAUCCUGCGUCACGGAGUGUGUAUUUUAAUAUAAUGUAUAAAGUAAUAUAGUGGUUUACUUGUCAUUCUAUUUGAGUUAGCUGCCACAACAGAAAACAAAAUUAAAAUGAAAACGAAACUGUUAUUUUCUGGAAAACAAAACCUGAAAAAACCUUGUUUAGCUGAGAAUUUUGGUAAGUCCUGAAGCUGAGUUCUGAAAAUGAAACCUGUUUAGUUGCUUCAUUCUGUUUUCUGAUUCUUGAUUAUCAUACAACCCUAGCCAUGAUUAUAAUUUUUAAUUCGAAUUAAAUAGUUUUUAAACU